UCCUUAACCUCCACUCCAUCCUCAGUGUUUAGCGGUCCCACUUCUUCUUUCUUUGUUUUCUUCUUAUUUAUAUGGCUAUAGAUAGUUUCUGAGUUAAUUUUGCUUUGAGUUUUGGGUUCAUUGGAACCUCAAAGUGAUGUUCACCGACAGGGAAGCUUGUGGAAAUAGAAACCAAAGGAGAAGUUCUCCUGAAGCCCCCUGAAUGUAAACCACUGACCCUACUUUGCUUUACUCCCAGCUGUCUGCUCUCACCAACAAUUAAUUUUAAAAAAGCGUGUUCCUCAAUAGCGUCUGGUAACCACUGCAUUAAUACAAACAUAACAUGCGCAGGAAUCUGAGUAAUUAGAACUUGGUCACCUUUUGCCUUAAAUAGGUCGAAGGUUUUAGCACGUGAUCUGAAAUAUUACCAAACCACAGAUUGCGUUUUCUGUUACUAAGAAAGUUAAUACAUUGCAGGGUAGAAUGAAACUGUAUUGACUAAUAACCUGCUCAUAACACGGGGUCUGUGUGUGCAUCGGUUAAUUGAACUUCUGCAGAGGUUUUCUGUUGUGAACAUAUACUGUGCUCACUGUGGGCAGAUAAUGAUCUCAUUGAACUAGUGGAAAUCCAGAGUAACUUCACUGGGCCAGAUUCUAAUCUCACUUGGCACUACUGUAAUUCUGGAGUAACAACGGGGUGAAUUCUGAUCUCAGUUACACCAGCAGGCGUAAUGCCAAUAACAUCAGUGGGUCAAAUUCUGUGCUGAUUUAAAAUCUUCUGCCUCCCUAGUGGGCCAGAUUCUGCUCUCGGUUUCACAAGUGUAAAACUGGAGUAACUCCAGUUAUUUCAGCGGGCUUUCUCCGGAUUGACACUCGUGUCUGUGAGAUUGGAACGUGGCCUAUCAUCCACUCUUGAAAUCACAAUAUGGCCCAUGGAUGGCACUUCACUUUGUCCUCUAAUUUAUUUGGAAGUGUAUUUAAAAAUGAAGUAUUUUGUAUCACUUUUAACUUCUGAGGGGGGCGGUGUGUAUGUGUGUGUGCGUAUCGGUGUCUGUGUGGGGCAGUGAAGUAACACAGCUACGUGCACAAACACACACACACACAAACACCCCUCAAAUUACCCUGAGCUAAGCUUAUACAUAAUCAAAAGUAGAUUUUCACUUCAGAAAACAAACAACCAAACACCUCGCACACUAAAAAGAAAUCCAGAUACCGCUUGAGGAAAGAGUUAAGGGGGAAAAGGGAAGAUGGGUCUGAACUCUAAGACCAGUUUACAUUGCUGGAGACAUUUAAAGGGAUCUUAGUUGUAAAUGAGAAUCUCUCAUGCAGUGUAAAGUGGCUGCAUAGAAAUGAGUUCAAACAUAAUUUACACCCAUUUGUAGAGUGGUAUAAAGGGGUCUGAGUGUAAAUGUAAAUCAGCCCCUCCCCCUCUCCCCCCAAACAAGGUCCUGGAUAUUCACAUCCAUAUUUUUGGAUUGGUCCAUUAUAGAUUCUAGGGACCAACUGUAAAAUUUGGAUCUGGAGUCAGAGCUCCUCAGAGUUCAGGAUUUUCCUCCUCCAUGCACAGAAAUACGAUUAGCUAGUUGCCUUAUAGAUGCUGUAAGGGUGUAACUUUUGCACAGAAUCUAACAAAUUUAUUUGAGCAUAAGCUUUCGUGAGCUACAGCAUCCGAUGAAGUGAGCUGUAGCUCACGAAAGCUUAUGCUCAAAUAAAUUUGUUAGUCUCUAAGGUGCCACAAGUCCUCCUUUUCUUUUUGCGAAUACAGACUAACACGGCUGCUACUCUGAAACCUGGCAUAGAUUCUGUAUAUCGUAACACUAGGAAGAGGAAGCUAUUAGGGACAAAUGGUGAUUUCCUUCUGCCUACACUGACUCCGGACAUGAGCAGCACCAAAAGAAUGUCUCAUUCCAGAAAGGAGCAGUUUCUGGAGGGUGGAGUAUUAACAAAAAUAACAGCAUGAGUGCAAAUGAGAGGACGAGAGAUGGGGGUGUCACCUUUCUCAGAAGCAUCUGGCCCUGCCCUCUCCCAGAGAUGGUAUACUGGACUAGAAGGAGCUGUGUUCUGAGCUGGGAUGGCAGCUCCUACUCUGAGAGCAGAAUCUGGUCAGGAGCCAUGCCGGACUUCGAGCUGGAGAGCAACUUAUUUGAUGCCAGUGCACCCUGGGAAAUGCUGGUUGCAUUAAAUGCAUGACCACAACUAAUCUAUUGUUCUUGCUGAUAUUAAGCUGUUUCCAUUUGCCUUUGUGGACGCUGAUUGCGCGAUACAUAGGGAUCUGUGGGUGAUGGGGGUCAGUGCUGCUAAGAAGAUGUCACCAGAGACAAAUAACACCUGGGUAGAUCUGAAGCGUUGCUGGCUGGAGAUAUAAAUAACAGGUGGAGUUUAGGUUCUGUGGGUACAAGAUGGAAACUCUCAUAUUUCUGGCCCAGCAGAGACUUCUUCCUUAACUAUCAAGGGCCAGAUCUUGCCUCAGAUUAGAACUUCCAAUGACUGCCUCUUCUGACUAUACCAGACCUAGCCCCACCUCUAGGCUACUGCUACAGGAUUCCCUCUCUCUAGUCCAAUUCCUACGCCCCGCUGAUCCACAUUCAGCUCCCAUCUCGAACUCUGUCUUGCUUCUCCCCAUGCCACCUGCCGUAUUCCAAAUAGUGGCGAGGUGGAAUCUCAGGCAAGCUCCCACCUCAGAGCAAACCAAUUCAGGAUUGAAAGGGUUAAGCAAACCUGCUGGAAUAUACAUGUUUCAGGGUCAGUUCAUGUUUCAGGGGUCAGGAGGGGUUGUUUGUUAUUCUUUCUGGCCUGGCUCCCUUGGCCUGGCUGGGGAUCAGACUCACUCUGAAUGCCUGGGCUCCACCGGACAACUGGAUUUUGUUAUGACCAUCCAAAUUCUUUUCACAGGGCCCCUUUAUGCCAGGCAACUGGACUGAAAAUGAUGGAGAGAAAGCAAUCUCCUCUCACCCAUGCAGGGGAUGGGGCUGCACAGUGAAAAAGCCAUGUGGUGAUCUUUGACUCAUUUAACAAAAGGAAUCCCGUCAUAUACAACGCCCCAUAAUUCCUGUUGCCAACACGAUCCACUGUGAUGCUGUAAUUACGGCCAGAGAGUUUAUGACAGAUUCUACCACCUAUACCAGUGCGGAACUCCACCACUGCCCACCUGUAGUCCAUGGGCAGGAACAACAACUGUAGCCAAGCCCCUCCACACCACUCCCAGAGAACACCCUGAGUGAGGUUCCCAGCAGCAGCAUACUGUGGCAGUGUCUGACGCCAUGGAAAGCUUCAUGGCACCGCUGAGCACCCUCAGUGGGCUGGGGCUUCAGCAGGGCAAGAAUAAGCUGCUACGCAGCAAGACGAGCGGGCCCUCGCGGCGCAAGCGGGAGUUCAUGCCCGACGAGAAGAAGGACACUAUGUACUGGGAGAAGAGACGCAAGAACAACGAGGCGGCCAAACGCUCCCGGGAAAAGAGACGACUCAAUGACUUUGCCAUGGAGAGCCAGUUGUCGGCUCUCAGUGAAGAGAACGCCCUCCUCAGGGCCGAGCUACUGGCCUUGAAGCUGCACUUUGGUCUCAUCAGCCCGGAUGUCUACGCCCACCAGGUCAGCUCCAUCCAGGAUUUCCUGGGGAUUUAUGUCAGAGGGCACAAAGCAGCCGCCCCUUUCCUCGAGGUGGAGCCCCUGACCCGGGACGGCUGCUUCAGGACAAACGGCAUUGUGCCUCACAGGGUGGAGCCCACUGAGUUUGCUUACAAAGGCCUCUCCCCGCCCAGAAAUCUCCAGAGCUCUGACCCAAAGCAGACCCCACUGGGCACCCAGUAUGAUCUGAACCCUCACCAGCCAAAGAGGCUCGAAUCAGCCUUCAGAUCCACCCUCUGCCCCCCUUACCGCAAUUACCACUUUCUGGAGAAAUACACUUGCCGGUUCCCUUUGCUGGACAAUGCCCAUUUCUUGGCCACUUCUCCCAGCAUGGCUGAGGCAGGGCAGCCAGGUGCCAAAAGCACCUUAGAUGAAGAUGAUGAGCAGCAAGUGCCCAAAAUAUCCCCUCUUCCCCAUGGCAGCCAGCUGUGCCCUGCAGAGGACCCUUCUAGGGGCCGGAGCUAUUCUGCCCUGCCUCACAAACUCAGAAUUAAGACUAAAGCCCUCAGCAGCUGGGAGGAGAGCGGCUCCGACUCCCGUUGAGAUUGCAGAGAAGACCCCCCUCCACUAUGGGCUGGGAAGAAGGGAGCGAGUGGGGGAUAAUUAUCUUAUGCACUGAAGAGGGAAAGUAGUUUGUUUUGCGUUGAACACGUGAGAUAUGGGUGCGAGCAGGGCCUGACGGGGGCUGGUAUGUGUCUGGUGUGGUAGUACUUCCCCCAAAACUCCACAUGCCAUGUUCCAGUGAGACCCACAGAAUCGCUCUGUGUACGACAGGGGGCGUAGGGUUUCACUCUGUUGCUUUGCUCAUGCCUGGAGCCAAAAGGCAGGGCCUGGGGUAGGCGGGGGAGAGGAGGGCUGAGGCUGGGGAAGGCUGAGGUUACGGGCAUGGUGAGCAACGUCUGAUCCUCCGGAAGCACUACACCCCUACUACAGUCGCUCGGUGUAGCAGCCAUUUUCACUCCUCUUGCUUCAUGGCCACUUUCUUCCCCGCAGGAUGGGGCUAUUAAAGCUUUAUUCAUGUUUCCUGUUUGAAACAGCAAAUGAACAGAGACAGCAUCAACGAUGCCGACCUCAACAUGCCUGGUGCAGGCUCAGGACACAUGUGGGCGUCAGAGAGAGGUAGCGGACUAUCUAAGAUGCAUGCUAUUCAAUCACGUUUCAUCUGUAGUCCCAUUAUCCUUGCAGUCCUCUAACUAGUGGGGCUAUUUGUGUGUGUGAGGGUGGGAACUGGGAUCGCAAACCAGUUGGGUGAGAAGAAACCAGUUGGGUGGUUUGUAUUGAACGGAUUCAAUUAUCCUUUAAGCCAUUCCUUAAUGGCUCAGACUCUGUCUUACCUUGAAUACCUUCAGUGCUCAUGAUUCCAGAGCUCCCCAAUCUAGCCACAUUAGAACAUGCUUCUGCUGUAAUUUGCAGAGCAGUUACCCAGUUUCUGAGCUUAGUUACUCUGAAAGUAAAUGUGGAAUCACAUCAGAGAGCUGGCUUCCCAGUGGAUUUACACAGGGGUAAAACAAGAGCAGAAUCUAGCCCACUGUAUUUCCCAGGAAUCAUCAAAUCUCUUCCUAUGGAAUAUGUCCAUUUCUCUUAACCAGCAUGGCCUAGUAGAAAACAUUUCCUUUUUCUUUACAUCAUUUGUUUGGGAGGAGGCAAAAAUAUUUUUUUUUAAUUUGUAAUUGAGAAUUCUAUCACAAAAUAUCUGUGUUUUGUUCAUCAUUUAACUCCCUUUUAUAAGUAAGAAAUUUUUGAAAAAAGACUUUUUUAAAAUUGUGCAAUAAUUUUAAAAAAAACCCACCAUGUGACUAAGUAGACCAAAAACAUUUCUCAUUUGAACCUAUCUUAUUCUGAAAAUGGUACCGAAGCCAAAAUCCCCCCUGAGCAAAGGCACAUCAGGUUUCGUGGCCAGCGAUACACCAGGGAGCGAUAUGGCCUGUACCACAUCUGACCAAGCUGGAGGUGGCAUUCGAGCAGGAGAGCAAGUGGGGCUCAAACCAACAACCUAUAUGAUGGCUAGUGAGAGCCUGAAUAACCCAGCCACUGCAGAUCCUCGAAAGGGCUACAUGAAAAUGUGAAUUAAAAAUUUCACCAAAAACGUCAAUAAAAUGAGAAAUAUAUAACAGGGUUAGAUUCCGCCCCCUCCUUUUUUGGGGGGGGGCAGCUUUAAAUGAAAAUUAAAAAUCUGGACUGGGAUCACCAAAGCUACCUCAGGGAUUUGGCCCCACCACGUGUCAGCAAUAAUGGUGGCAACAGAAGAUGGCUGCUGGGGCACUGUUAUGGAACAACUAGGGCUGGCUGAAAUUUUUCUUUUGCGGUAGAAAAUGGGGUUUUCAGCUACAUGAUUUUUUUUAAUGAAAAUUUUCCUGUAGAAAAUUUCAGUUUUCCAUUGAAAAAACCAUAUGCACAAAAACUGAAAUAUUUCAAUUUGGAAACAAUGCUGCAGUUCCUCAUGAGAGUCAAGUGUCAGGGGGGUAGCCGUGUUAGUCUGGAUCUGUAAAAGCAGCAAAGAGUCCGGUGGCACCUUAUAGACUAACAGACGUAUUGGAGCAUAAGCUUUCAUGGGUGAAUAUCACUUUGUCAGAUGCAUGAUACAUGCAUCCGAUGAAGUGGGUAUUCACCCACAAAAGCUUAUGCUCCAAUACGUCUCAUAAGAGUGAUAGUUUGGUUUCCUCAUGCCCCUAUUCUCCUCGGUGAGCUGGGCUCCCCAGCCAGACUACAUCUCCCAGGAUGCACCCUGACCAUAGACUCCCGUGAGGUAGGGCCGCCCUUCUCCAAGAAGGGAGACCAUGGUGCAUCAUGGGAAAUGUAGCUCACCCAGGGUAGUUCACCUCAAGAUUCUGCACCUGGCACAUUUUGGGGCACUCUGGAAGAGCGAAGGAUAAUAGUAUUAGUGGCUUUGGCCCUUUGGGUCUGUUCCUGGACAGAACGUGGCAGUGCAAAGGCCCUGCAAAUAUGGAACAAAACAACUUCUUGGAGGGAGCAGACUCUCUGAACAAGAAGAGGCCAUGCAGAACACGCUGUUCCUGCUCCUUUAGAGGGUUGCCAGAGAGGGGUGUACAGUGUUUAUGUAGUGGCUGCUCUGUUGGCCAACAGCAGGGACUGAAUUGAGAAUCUCCAGAGCUGAAACCCUGAGUUUCUACAGCUUAAACUAAGGAGCCAGGAUUGCUAGGGGAGAGCUGGAAUAGACCCACAUUCUCUGUGGAUCAGGCAGCCGGUGGGACACACUGGCCAGUGAGUUACUCUUACAUUAAGGGAGCACAGAGAAAGGAAAGACUUGUUUCUGAGCAACAGCUGGGGAAAGUGUUUCAUGACAGAAGUUUGUGAUUUGCGCUAGCAGUGUCCAAAGCUAGCGGCCUCGUGGCAUCCCUUCUGUCUCAGGGACAGAGCUGCUCAAAUUAUUCACUGGGAAUAAGUUAUCUGAUGACUGUAGCCCUUUUCUGUUCAUGAACUAAGCCUGAUUUCUAAACCUCCUGGUGCUCCUGCGGGAAUAGGCCCCCCAGCAUCAGGAAGCGGUUAGUAGCUGCAACUGAGCCCUUGGAAUCGAACACGGCCAAGAUAACUCUAACAUGUUCUCUAUCAUCAUGUUUCAAGGGCAUACGCAGGUCAUCACCAUCUCUGGGAGAAUGCUCCCCACAAGGGUACAGCACAAUUGGGUGCUUAUGGGUGUGGCUGGGUUUCUGCAAAGCACUUGGUUCUGGUCACUGUUGGAAGCAGGGUACCAAGUGGAAGGGCCAUCCAGAUGUUCCUACGGUAUGUGACUUUGUGCUGUGUUCAUUGAACCCCAAAGCAGAGGCUCCCAGUAGCACAGGUUCACAAACACAGCAGAGGAAGAACUGCGUUGAAAUGGAGAGGUAACUACAGGACACUAGACCCAGGGGCACAGUGACAUCCCUACGCUGGUCAAUCAUAGCACUCCUGGAAGAAUCUGCUUGGUGGAGAUGGGCCUUAAUUCAGAGUUUGAUCUCUAGGUAGUGGCAGGGGAAUUACAUGGUACUAUAAACAGACAUGGCAAUUGCACCUGGAGAUGCUUGGUGCCACUGUGCAAUGAUCUGUAAAGAAGCUAGAGGUGGAAAAGACUCGUUAGGUCUUCAAGUCCAUCCCUGCUAACGCAGAAUUGUCCACUCCAAUGUAUUCUUGAGUGUAGUGUACAGACUUUAAAUGUUCCAGGCGAUGGGGUUCCCCUCCCUUCCCUUGGGAGACUAUUCUGCCGUCUAACAGAUGUUGCCAUUAGGAAAUGUGUGCUGAUUUCCCACCCUAAAUUUUCCUUCGCUUAAUUGCAUCUUGUAGUACCUGGCUAGACCCUAUGGCUGAGCUCAAAGAAUUCCUCUCCCUCUGUAGUAGGUACAUGCUUCAAAUACUGUACAUAGUUAUCAGGGUCUUUCCUUGGCCAUUCCUUAGAUAAGUCACACACACUUAGUUAUGUUCAACUUUCAUCCUUCCCUAACACCCUUAAAUCACUGUUGCUCUUCUAUGAGUUUGUUCAAGAUCUAUCUAUUCCAUGCUCUGAGCACCUCAGUUAAGGAGCUGCAUAAUGUCUGUCUCCAAACUUAAAGUCAGACAUGAGCUCAAGCCACGAAUUAUGGUUCUAGUUCCAGAUCCAGAUUUGGAAGUUCAGGGGAUGCCUGGCCCGGGGUUCUGAUUCUGACUGUUUUAAAGACAGAAGGAGGCCAUUCACAAAAUGUGGAUCUGGCUCAAGAAUUAGAUUUCAAACACCCACUAACAACGGGGAGCGUGCACCCAGGAUUUGUUUCCUUGGUUUAGCCUCAGACCCCUUCCCCACCUCCCCCAUUAGUAGGGUGCCAGUGACACACAAUGUGUUUUACCUUACUACUCAAUGAACAGAGCCCUGCGGAAUAUGUUGUGAUAGCAGCAAAUACGCACAGGGCUGAUGCAAAGUGUUAGCCAAAGAUGCUUCUUGGCUGUAUCUUGCUGCAACAUCUGUAUCUAACUUUUGAGCAUUACCCCACCUGCUUCCCUUCUAUUUUUGUUCUUUAUUUGUCACAUUGAUGUUUUCAUUUAAGUCUCAGGCUUUUCAGGUCACGGACUGUAUCUGGGUUAUUUGUCUGGAAUGCAGCUAGAGCUCUGUGGGUGCUGCAUACAUAAAUGACAAGACAACGUAAAAGGACAAAGAAAGCCACCUGACUACAGAAAUAAUAGUCCCCAUCUCCUCCUUAAGCUCGUUUGGGAAAGAAUGCCCUUAAUGUGAAGAGAACCACUGUAUUUAUGAAGAUCUGCACUCCGUAUUGUAGAGCUGGGUCCAGAUGUUGUGCCUAAUAAAAUCUUCAUUCUUGCCA